AAAUUUUUUACCAUCUUGCACAAAUAAAAAAAGAUAAUUAUUUGCUUGAAUUACAGAGUUACAAUUUAAUUUUUACUUCCAUUGCUCUUUUUUUCUUUUUUCUUUUUUUUUUUUAAUAAUUGCGCCAAAUAGCAUAAAAUUGAUGGUUUUUAAUGUUUUUAUGAUGGUCAAUAUGACGAGGUAUGUGCAUUAUAAUAUACGGACGCAUCUACAUCCAUAGUCUACACCGAUGGCUUGCGCCAUCUAGGAGACGGUCAUCAUGCAGAUUUUUGUUAAAACACUCACAGGGAAAACCAUCACCCUUGAGGUAGAGGGAUCCGAUACUAUCGAAAAUGUCAAAGCUAAAAUUCAAGAUAAAGAAGGAAUUCCUCCAGACCAACAACGAUUGAUUUUCGCUGGCAAGCAGUUGGAGGAUGGUAGAACUUUAUCAGAUUACAAUAUUCAAAAAGAAUCUACUUUGCACUUGGUUUUGCGUUUACGAGGCGGAGCAAAAAAACGUAAGAAGAAGAAUUAUUCGACUCCUAAAAAAAUCAAGCACAAGAAGAAGAAAGUCAAGCUUGCUGUGCUCAAAUUCUACAAGGUCGAUGAGAAUGGAAAGAUCCAUCGUCUAAGACGAGAAUGCCCUAGUGAGCAAUGUGGAGCUGGCGUUUUCAUGGCAGCAAUGGAAGAUCGUCAUUAUUGCGGUAAAUGUGGAUACACGCUUGUAUUUAAUAAACCAGAAGAUAAAUAAAUGAGAAAUAUGUAAACAGUUUAUUUAAUUAAAUAAACAUCUUAAAUACUAA